CCCCGCACCACGAUAAUCACGAAGCGCAACGCAAGCGCCACAACUCAACUCCCCCACUGCCUGCCCUCUGCCCCUUCCUCUGUCUCCUCCUCAAACCCCGCGCCGCCCAAGCGCUUCCUCGCCGCCGCCGCCGCCGCCGGACCCAGCUAGGGUUCCGGCGAGCUCGCGGCCCCGCUGGCCCGCCGCGCCUCCUCCCCCGAGGGCCCCGCUCCCCGGUGAGGGCACCCGCCCCUGCGCUCCCUUGCUGGCCGCGUGUGAUCUACGCUGUCCCGUCUCAGUUCACGGCGGGCCUGUUCGGAUUUACAAUAGCGGCGAUGCAAAAGGAUACAGGCUCUGGCGAUGUUUCUCCUUCUCAUGCAGGACGUGUUAGACAUCGAAGGCGCCCUAAUGAGACUGCCACCGAUGGGAACAGAGCCAAUGGAACGGUUUUGCUUGUCAGCGACCAGAACAAGUACAAGUCUAUGCUUAUCCGUACAUAUUCAACUUUGUGGAUGAUUGGAGGCUUUGUGUUCGUAGUUUAUAUGGGUCAUCUUUAUAUCUGGGCCAUGGUGGUUGUCAUUCAAAUAUUUAUGGCAACAGAGCUUUUUAACCUACUCAGAAGAUCAAGCGAAGAGAAACAACUGCCAGGGUUCAGGCUGCUGAAUUGGCACUUCUUCUUCACGGCAAUGUUGUUUACUUAUGGGCGUUUUCUUAGUCGGGAGCUUGUUAACACAGUAACUUCAGAUCACUUGCUGUAUAAGGUCGUCAGCGGCCUAAUAAAGUAUCAGAUGUUUAUUUGCUAUUUUCUUUAUAUUGCAGGUUUUGUAUGGUUUAUUUUGACUCUGAAGAAGAAGACAUACAAUUAUCAAUUCAAACAGUAUGCCUGGACGCACAUGAUCCUUUUAACGGUUUUUGCCCAGUCCUCUUUCACCGUGGCAAAUAUAUUUGAAGGGAUGUUCUGGUUUCUUCUCCCUGCUUCGCUCAUUGUGAUCAAUGACAUUGCUGCGUAUUUAUUUGGGUUUUUUCUCGGGAGAACUCCAUUGAUCAAGUUAUCACCAAAGAAAACAUGGGAAGGUUUUAUUGGUGCAUCGGUGACAACUAUCAUCUCUGCUUUUCUGUUGGCAAACGUAAUGGGCCGUUUCCAGUGGUUAACAUGCCCAAGAAAGGACCUGUCGACAGGGUGGCUUGUUUGUGAUCCUGGUUCCAUGUUUAAGCCAGAGCAUUACUUUUUGGGGAAUUGGGUGCCACAGUGGUUUCCAUGGAAAGAAGUUUUCCUUUUACCCGUGCAGUGGCAUGCUUUAGCCCUUGGUUUGUUUGCAUCGAUAAUAGCACCAUUUGGAGGAUUUUUUGCAAGUGGCUUCAAGAGGGCUUUUAAAAUAAAGGAUUUUGGCGACAGUAUACCUGGGCAUGGUGGAAUUACUGACCGAAUGGAUUGUCAAAUGGUUAUGGCAGUUUUUGCAUACAUAUAUCACCAAUCAUUUAUCUCGCCCCACAAUUUCUCUGUUGACACAAUCUUGGAUCAGAUUGUAAGAAACCUAACCUACGAGGAGCAGAAAUCCUUGUACCAGCAACUUGGGGAGAUCUUCCGUGAAGGCAGUUUAUGCAAAGCUGAGGAUUUAUUUGCGUAUGAACCACACAAGACAGCUCUGUGGUUCAUAAUGUAGCUCUAGAUCUAUGUACAGCAUCAUAGCUCCUCUGUACCGUGAUAGAGUGAUGUCCUUAUCCAAACCAUUGUACAGAACGGAGUGUGGAUAGGGUUUAGGUUCUUGAUCCGCUCUCCACUUAUGUUGCUUCUUUUAAUCAUCUGCGCUAAUUCUCUCCUUGUUUCUUACCAUCAGUGUUCUUGUAAAAACAUAGCUGGAAAAGCUUAUUCGUGUA